AUGCCUACUUCUGGCAGCAGCCAUGUUGAUGGUCAUGCUCAAGAUGCCGAUUCUCAGACUCCCCUGCUCAAAAAGUCGCUCAAUAAGUCUGCUACUGUGUCCAAAAAAGUGAUUUUGCUUUUCCAGAAUUGGUGGCUGUGGGAGAUUGUAUCUGCUAUCACUGCUGUUCUAGCAAUCAUUGUGAUUAUUGUUAUUCUUGUCGUUUUUGAUCAAAGUUCUCUUCCCGAUUGGCCCUCUGUAUUUACUAUAAACUCAGUCAUCUCCUUCUUUGCCACAAUAGCGAAGCUUUCCAUUACGUCGGCUGUUGGAGCCUCGAUCUCGCAAUCGAAAUGGUUAUGGUACCGCCAGGAUGAGCCUCGCCCUCUCAAAGACCUCCAGCUUUUCGACGAUGCCAGUCGGGGGCCAUGGGGAGCAGUGAGCUUAUUGAUGAACAUCAAAGCAAGACAUCUGACUUUCGUUGGCUCAAUCAUCAUUGCCAUGAUGCUACUCUUCGAUCCGUUUUUGCAGCAAGUCGUGGUCUAUCCGGACAGGCUUGUAGCAUCCGAUAAAGUUGCCACUAUUGUCAGAGCUCAGAGGUAUCAAGCUCGUAGUUAUGAAGGCCUGCCCUUACCUUCGAUAGUCGAUAUCUCCAUGAAGGCAGCCAUCUACAGUGGAGUAUUUGACGUUGACGAUCGAGCAGAUGUGAAGGUGGAUCAUCACUGUUCUACCGGCAACUGCACUUGGAACAGUUUCUCUUCAUUGGCCAUUUGUAGCAAAUGUCUCAAUGUCACCUCUUCCGUCGAGAAGAGGUGCAACGAUAGUGGAUGCUACGAAUUCUUCCUGCCCGGUGGACCUUCGCUCUUAGGCUUUGGAGGACAGAUCAACUCAAGCGUUAGCCAGGUUUCGACAGAUCUCGAUGACAUCGAGGCAUCUGUGGUCAGAUUCUCGUCUUUGUUCUCCAAGAGGAUGAAUGAUUCAGAUGAUGUCCAGGCGUGGGAAUGUGCGCUAUUGUACUGCGUCAAUACAUACUUCGCGUCAGUCACCGAUGGAGACAUAGACCAAAGAAUAGAGAAGACCUGGCGCAACAACUCUGCUUCUCAUUCCCAGGGCUCCGAUCUGAUAUACAAUCCUCCACAGUCGAUAAUCAACAUCACGGGCAACGCCUCUACUUUCAAGGUGGCUAGCGUCGCAGCAAACGCAAUGAAUAGCUUCAUGUCCGAGACUUUCACUGGUAGUGGUGGGAUAAAUUCGUCAAGCUCGGGCUCUGCCUUCUCCUCGGACAUCAUUCAUGCCCUUUACAAUACCCGAAAUUACUCGAAGAGCAUCGAGAACCUAGCGACCUCUAUGACAAACAAUAUUCGCCAACAGAAGGACAGCGAUUCGAGUACGUUCGAGGGCGUCGCAUACAAGACAGAGACUUAUGUACACGUCCGUUGGGCAUGGUUCUUUUAUCCAGCUACGGUGUUAGCGCUGUCGCUGCUAUAUUUGCUCGGCACGAUAAUCGAGUCGAGGAAUCGCGAUAUCCUAAUUUGGAAAUCUUCGAAUUUGGCCCUACUCUUGCAUGGACAGGAUUUGGAGCUGAGCAAUAGUGAUCGUGUCCCUGUAAACAGAUUGAGCGAGAUGAAUGAAAUGGCAAAAGACAUCGAGAUUGAGUUGAUCCAAACGAGUGAUGGAGACUGGAAAUUGGUGCAGCGAUGA